AAGCGACAAAAUAAGAUUUUAUUUUAAAUAUCCUUUUAAACCACAUUGUCAUUUUUAAUAUACCAUUGUAUAAUUGAUGUAUUCAUAUACUUUUGCCCUCGUGAGUUGAUAGCCACAGUAAUAUUCAGAGAUACAGCUUACUUUUUUAUUUAUUUGAACAACUAACAAUUUAAAAUGAAAAUAAUAAUCUGCUUGCCUUCAUGUCAGAAUGGCUAUUUGAAAGGUUAAAGGUAGCUUGAUUAGUAGAAUACAAUUCUGAAAUGACUACUGACGUUUUGAUUUGUAUUUCAUUAUAAUAUAAUAUAUUAUGAAAUACAUAUACAAUAUAAUGUAUGCCUUAAAAUAGGCUUUUGUUUUAUUAAUGUAUUUUUAAAAUUUUUGACAACAAACAGUUUAUCUUGCCAUACCAGGACAAUGAUCGUGACACCUGUUGGCCCAAGACAAUGUUGGUGUUUUUGCCUGAUAUGGCUUCUUUAAAGGCUUCACAGGUAAUAGGCUACUUUCCAAAGACAACAUGUUGUAUAUUCAUAUCUUGUAGCCUGAAUUACAAUUAUGGAUGCCAUCAACAAAGGCAGCUGUGUGGUUUGUACCAGUUUAACAGUUAUGUCAAAGAAUACCUUUUAAAAAGCAAAGAAUACCUUUUCAGAUGUUACAAGUAUUAUUAACAUUUGAUGUGUUAGAACGUGAUAUCCAUAGUUGCUACUGGACGAGAGUUAACUGCUUCAUCUACAGGGGAAUUUCCAUGAAUGGAUUCCACUUUAAUUAACAUGCUUUUGAGGCGUUCCCAAAUAGUUAGUUGCCUAUAUCCGGUGCAAGAUGCUCAUAACAGAACAUCUCAUGUUAUAACAGUCAGGUUAACCUUACUUAUCAAUCCAGAAUUUGUACCAGUGACCUUUCAUGCGGUUCCAGGGUGUAACUGGGACACGGGUCAGGUGGCAUCCUGUGCGUUGACCCCGUCAGUCCUUGAUAGACUGGGAGAGGCUGAGUUAAUGGCUGAAGUAAACAUGAUAAAUGUCAUUCACCCCGCCAGUCUGUAUUUCCCUUCCAUGUCCCGCCGCGGAGUUUAACUAUAGCCUCAUCGCCGCCACGUGAAGAGGACUCACAUCCGUCUGCAUGAAAAGUCCAGGGUCACUUUUUCCGUAUGCCACAUCAUGGAUAAACACAGUCGGGCCUGAGCUUGUGGAGUCCACUGGAGUCAUCCUGCGGAUACUUUUUUUUCCCUUGACACAAUGAUUCCUCUGGAAGAGAUUACACACCACUCUUGCUCUGGCUACCGGGAUCGUCCUGCUCACACUAUCCUUUACAACAUCUUGAGCGGGAGCGAGAGUCGCUACCUCAACGGCAAACUGAACCGCGACGCCACAGCACACAACUGCCACUGUGAGCAGAGGCGGACGGUUUGCCUGAAGGACCCGAAGGCCACCGGUCAAGUGGCCUCCGCCGUGCUGGUCCACACCGUCUGCUUUGUGAGAGGUUUACCAUCCUUCAGUCAGCUUCCAUCAGGAGAUCAGUCAUCUUUGUUAAGACACUGCUGGGUUUCUCUAUUUGUUCUGGGGCUCGCCCAAAAAAAGAUAGUCUUUGAGGUGACUGAAGUGGCGAAUGCAAGUAUCCUUAGAAAGAUUCUGCUUGGACCAGGACUCACUGGAAACGAGGCUGACCUACCAACUCUUGCUGAAGUUCACAACUUGAGAGCUUGCUUGCACAAGCUGUGGAAUCUGGAUCUCGGUCCAGUGGAGUAUGCUUACCUAAAAGGGGCAUUGGUGUUUAACCCAGCUGUUCAGGGAUUGAGCGCCUUGUGUUUCAUUGAAGGCCUCCAACGGAAAGGUCUUGGAGCUCUUCAAGAAGUCCUCCACCGCCUGCACCCAGAGGACGCCGCUCGCUUCACUCACGUCCUUCUCGCAGCCUCCACCAUUCAGACUGUCAGCCACGGCCUGGUCGCACAGCUCUUCUUCAAGCCAGUAAUUGGCAACACAAAUAUGUUCCAUUUAUUAACAGAGAUGUUGUCUGUGCAGUGAGAUCCCAGUGAGGAA